CUUUUCCCAGUUUUCUUUGCUGACCUGCUCUAUUUCCAAUUCAAAAGAAAGCCCAACGCUGCCAACGUCACCCACGUUAUCAAGUAUGGUUUCCUCUGCAGAUAUACCUCCUAGCAAAGCGAAUUUAGGCAAUGGGAACAAUACUGGUGCUGCUAUUUCCAAUGGUGUUCCCAGCCCUAAUGCCAAUGUCAACAACACCAACAAUGGCACUGGUAAUGUCAACUCAAACUUCACCUCUUCUGACGACGAGUUUGAGGAAUUCACUGAGGACUUCAACAUGGUCACUCCUGUUAAAAAGACCUUUGAUAAUGACCACUCGCUGGCCCAUGUCAACAACAUCAACACCAUCAAUAAGAGAACCUCUUCAAUGCCAACUCAAUCCGUCAACAAAAAAAACUCCUCCCAGUCGUUAUUUUCCUCUACAAAACUAAGAUCUUCAACUGCUAAUCAAUUAAACUCAAAUAAAAAAUUGUCCAAAAGAAGUUCCCUAAUGUCCUUCUUCAAGGGCAAAAAGUCAAGCUCCUCCUCCAAUAUCAACCAAUUAAACCACUCCAACACGUCCACGUCCACCUCCAUCAACACCAACACCAACACAGCUACUAGUACCAACACCGGUGCUAGUAACAACACCAAUACUAACAUCACUGGCAAUAACCCCAACUAUAUACCUUUCAACCCAAAUGCCUACAACAACAGUGUCUCGUCCUACGAUUUUGAUAAUGCAGAUAAUCAAUCCUUAAACUCAAACAUGACAACUAAGACCUCCAUUUCUUUCAUCCUACAUAAAAAUAAAAACAAAAAAAACUUGCCCAAUACCUCCGCCAAUAACUCUGCAAAACAUAAUCAUUCUUUUUUCAAAUCCUUCAAAAAGAGAUUAAGUUUCUCUAAUUUACACGAUAUAGUGAUUAACGAAUCUGAUAACAAUUAUGAUUCAAAUUCAAAUUCACACUUAAAUAAUAAUAACACUAAUAGCUUAAAUAAUAAUCUAAAUAAUAAUAAUGACAUCAAAUCAAGGGAUAUCAAUAUCGAUUCCAAUAUCGAUCCCCUGAUUAAUGACCCCAUAACCAAUCACCAUUCCUCAGAAAACUCCUUCAGUUCUUAUCAUAACUCAAAUUCCUCUAUAGAUAUUCAUCCUCAUAAACCUUCUCAUUUAAAAAAUGAAUUCCAUUUCAACGACUACAUAGACAAUAAAUCCCCUUCCAAUAAAAUCACCUCCAAUAAUAAUAUCGAAAUUAAACAAAAAGAUAUCAACAAUAAUAUCAACAAUAAUAUCAAAAAUAAAUCAUCUGAUCAUUCAAAUAAUAUUAAUAAUAUCAAUAAUAUUAAAAACAUCGACAUAGACGAUCAAAAUUUACCAAAGAUCUCAUUUGAUUCAAAUGAUUUAAACAAUUCUAAAAUUUCUAAAGAACUUGAUUCAAUCGAUUUAAAAGACUCCAAAGACUCAAAAACCUCAAAAGACUCAAAAGACCUAAAAGACCCAGAUCUUUCAAAAAUUCCAGAUCUUCUAAAAGACCCAGAAGAUCUAAAAGAUCUUUACUCAAAAUCCAACACCUCUCCCAAAUCUUCCAAAUCUCCAAAAGCAUCAAGAUUCAACAAGGAUCCCACAAACAAAUCUCUAAUCAAAAAAGACAAAAAGGAUAAAAAGGACAAAAAGGAUAAAAAGGAUAAAAUUAAAAUCCACUCAAAAAAAUCUUCAAGCCACUCAAUCACAAAUUCCAUCUCAAAAAACCCAUUUUCAAAUAACAAUACCAAAAAUCUUACGAAUAAAGAUCUCCCAAUAAAUCAUGACAACACAAUCCAAAAUCAACCUCUAAAUUCUAAUGCAUUUGCAAAGAACGACCCGAAUUCAAAGAUAAAUACCUCUCCCAAUACACCCAAUAACCCUAAUAAUUCAUCUAAAAUUAAAAAUAAAUCAAAAUCAAAGGGUAAAAACAAACCAAAAAAUAAAAUCAAAACUAAAAAUCAAGAUUCAACCUCAAAUAUCAAUAGCAAUACCAAUACUAAUACCAAUUCCAAUACCAAUACCAACUCAAAAAAUAACAUAAAUUCAAAUUCAAUUCUAAAUUCAAAUAGACAUCUAAACUCAAACUUAGGCUCAAAUUCAAAUCCUAAAAACAAAAAAUUCGUACAAAUUAUCAUCCCAGAAAUUAUAACAAACAGACCUCAAUCUCCUCUGACUCCCACUGACGAAAACUCAAAUUCCGCUUUAAAUAAAAGCUCCAACGAAUAUCUGCCUCAAAGCUCUGAUGACUAUGACAAUGGUGAAAUUCUAUUCCCAAAAUCUUUAGAUGUUCAUGAAGUUGAAUCCAUUGUUUCAAUUGAACGUAAAAGAUCCGUCAGAUCAGUCAAAAAUCAUCAUAGAAAUGAAUCCAUGAUUAGUAGAAAGAGUAAAAGAGAAUCAAUUGAAGUCAAAGCUAAAGAAGUCGGUAUGACUGUUGAACUCGGUAAAGAGGUUAAUGAGCCCCCACUUUUACCAAGAAGAACUAACAGUAUCUUGAAAAAUAAAAAUUCAAUCUCAUCUUUUAACCAUUCCAUCAACGAGGAAGUUGAAGAAGAAGAGGAAUUAAGAAACGAAUUUUUAUCUGAUAGAAAAAGAAGAUUGGACAGAAAGGGAAUUAUAAAUGAUGAACAGCCAAUUAGAAGAAAUAGUAGCAAUAUAAGAGUCAAACCCAUAAAUAACUUAAAUGAUAGUUCAAAGACUACUUCAAACAGAAAUGGAGUCGAUAUUCCAGACUUUGAAUUUGAUGAUUCAAGUUUGAAUUUAGAAUUCUCUCCAAUUCCUUCUCCCGAAUUAUCUACUACUUCGGCUCCAAGUCAACAUUCUACUGAAAGAUCAUACACUGAUAAGGAUCAAUUUGAUAAAUCUAUUAAUGCUAACAACAACAACAACAAUUCAGCGGAAGAGAAUUUGAAAGCUAAUAAUAUUGGUGAAAAUUUAGAACAUAAGAGCUCGAUAGAUAAUCUGUCAGAUGGCACAUUGACAACAGUAUCCCCAUCAAUUAACCAAUCGCCGUUGCUAGAGUCUGAGAAUUCGCCAUCAAUAGCAUUUUUGCCAUCACCAGAUCCUAAACAAAAUGUAAGACCAGUUUCAAUGUCGUUCAAAGGAUUAAAAGCCCCAACAUUUAAUAACAAUGAAAACCCAGAUAGAAAAGAUAGCUUGGAUAGUGGAACAUUUAAUAGAGGAUACGUUUACCCAAAUGAUAGCUCUGAUAGUGACGAGUUUGCUCGUGGUUCAUUUUCUCCUCCUUCCCUACCUUAUGCUAAAGACGGAUCUGUUCAGUUACUUUCUCAUUCAAACUCAUCCACAUCAUUGAACUCUCGAAGGAGAUUCCCUGUGGGCACAGUAAAAUUCUCGUCCAGAAUUAUACUAUAUGAGACAUACAAUGGCGAUGAGUAUGAUAGACAUCCAGAGAUUGCUACAUGUAACCAAUUGACGCCCUCACUUGCUUAUCAGAUUAAAGAUGAAUUGAACACAUUCAAAGCUGAGAUGCCUAUUCAUGAAAGUUCUCGUUGUUUUACCCACUUUUAUUAGAAAAAUUGAUUUUUUAACAUAUUUUUAAUUCUUUUUUUCGUUUCUAUUUUUUUACUG